CUUCCCCCUCUUCCUUCUUCUCCUCCUCUUCCUUCUUUUCUUCCUUCUUCUCUUUUUUUUUCUCCUCCUUCUUCUUCUUCUCUUUCUUUUUCUUCUCCUUUACUAUAUUCUUUUUAAGUAAAGCUUAAAGAACUAGCUAAAGCUAAAAUUGUAACGAUUCUCAUGAAUCGUUCCAUCUCGGGUCGCCCGGAACCUCCGGAAGGCCCCCGUAUCGGCCCCGACCUCGACCUGGCCCCGACUAUGCCCCGCCCCCUGCUGUUACCCCUAUUCCCUCAUGUUCAGAGUCCCCACGCACUCCCAUAUGCCUCUGAGUGGAUUCCCACCGCAUUCGGACCCAUUGUCUUGCCUGCGCCGGGGAGGCUGGCGGGGGGUGGUAGACGCGGGCUGGCAGGGGGUGGGCGCAGGCCUGCGGGCAGCGCAGCUCCGCAGAGCGGCGGCACGCAAGCGGGCGGCUCUUUUGGCUUUAUUAAGCUAUAG